AUGUCUUUUGAAGUAACCAAAGAUCCUUCGAAUUAUCUUCAAAUUCGUGAAAAGGAAUUCGAAUUAUUCACACCCGAAAUAAAGGUGCAAUUUCCACCAAAAUUCGCACCAUUCGAAGCUAUCGUGAUAAAAGACGGAAAAUUUCCAUCCAAGCGGCCAAACAGUUUUAUUAUAUAUCGUCGCGCCUUCCAAAAACAGUGUCGAGAAGAUGGUUAUUUUUAUAAAUUAAGUGUUGUUUCGAUGAUGGCCGCUGCUGCCUGGAAAAGAGAACCCGAUUAUGUGAAAAAAGUGUAUAGAGAUAUUGCUGAAAAAGCUAGUUAUGAAUUAGAUGAGAUGCGUGCGAAGGAAUUGCAAAAACGAUUAUCAGAUAACGAUAAGUGUAAUACUCAAUUUGUCAUUAAUGAGCAAAUUGAUCGUGAUCAAAUUACAGGAUCAUCAUCAACCACUGCUCAUUCUCAAAAUGACAAUAACGAUAAUAGUCAACAAAACCAGGAUUAUCCCAGAAUCUUAUCAAAUAAAGACACUUUUCAAUCUUUUUCAUAUUCUCAAUUUCUAACUCAAGAUCAAAUCCACUUUUCUGAAAUAAAUUAUUCUCCAAAAAUUACAUAUAAUAUGCCGUUGAAUAAUUCUCUUCCUUCUCCCAUUUCAUCAGAAAUUGAUGAAUGUCUUCCAAUCGAUGAUAUUCAUUCCCACCUUUCUGAAAUAAAUUAUUCUCCAAAAAUUACAUAUAAUAUGCCGUUUAAUAAUUCUCUUCCUUCUCCCAUUUCAUCAGAAAUUGAUGAAUGUCUUCCAAUCGAUGAUAUUCAUUCAAAUAGCCAUUUUUCUUCUAAUGUAAGUAAUUAUUUACAUUUAGCAGAGAACUGUUUACAAAGCGAGAAUAAUAACAAUUCAUCGUCUACGGAAAUUCUCCAAUUUGAAGAAAUCAAUCGAUUAAGUGGCUAUCUGCACUCAAAUGAAAUAGAAAUAACAAUGAAGAGAAAUUGUGAUGAAACAAUCACAGAUCUUCUGAAUCACGAGGAAUUUAAUUAUAUCCAGCCAUUUGAUUUAUUUGUUUUAAAUCAUAAUAAUUUUCAUGACGAAUGCGAUUUAUAA